AUGACUAACGAACUAUGUAUAUAUCUGUUCCGGACCUCGGAUGGGCAUCCUCCGUCGUUUGGUGUCUCUUCCGUUUCAGGUUCCCAGACACAACGUGCCAUGCUAUCUGUGGACUUUGGCGAAGUUUCGGGUCCAAGUAAGACGCCAGGCUCUACUAUUGCUGCUGCAUUUCGUUCUGCGAGGCGACACGAGUAG